CUUCAAAUGAGUUUUAUAGAUACUGCGAAAACAGAACGAGAAUUUAAAAUUUCUCUAACUUAUGCUUUAUAAAUUUUGUGAUAAUCAUUAGCUACCCAGAAAGGAUUGUUUCUGUUUUACAGAAUGGCUUCUUCAGAAUACGAACUCCAUCCUGGGAAAACGUUCGACAGGUACUUUAUAUCAUACCAAAAGACGCUCUAUUCAUUUUUAGGAAAGCUGUGGUCUAGACUUCAUCCAACAGCUGGGAAAUGUUUGGCUACCGUAUUGAUAUUUCUUGCCGGCGUGACAAUGAAAGGUGACUGGCUGCUCAUUUUGUCCCAUCUUGCAAGACAGUUUUAUGAGUAUCCGAAGGAAGACAGUCAAGAAAGUUCUUUCGGCCUGAUGUCUCAAUUGCAGUUGCGUUUCAAAGGAUUACCUUAUUAUAUUUUGACUUCAGUGACGCAAUCUCUUGUUCUGUAUUUUGGUCUUUGUGGAUUCCUGCAAUGGUACUUCUACGUACGCCAGAGAGACCGACCGGAAGAGUGGAAGUGUCAACCGAAAAAAUUUCUCUCAUGGGAAGAUGAGAAACAUGCAAUAAUUUUAGGAACAGCUUGCAUGUUUAUGGGCAGUGUCAUAUCUGGCUUUUUGUCAUGCUGGACUAUGAAUGGUGGUUACACUGCCUUGUAUUACAACAUUCAUGAUUAUGGCAUUCCUUACCUUGUGCUCUCCAUACCUUUAGUGUACCUUGUUACUGAGGCCCUCUUCUAUUAUUAUCAUCGUAUGUUUCAUCUGCCUGCUGUGUAUAAGGCAUACCACAAGUAUCACCAUCGCUACAAGCAACCCACGGCUUUCUCAUCUACUGCAAUGCACCCUUUGGAAUUCGUCAUUUUACAAUCAGCCAUUUUUAUUCCUAUGUUUACGAUUCCUGUCCAUUACGCUAUAUUUAUUGGCCUUGUGUUGUAUGAAUACUACUACAGCGUCAUCGGGCAUUCUGGUGUCAAAAUAAAAGCUCUGUGGCCUUGGCAACCGGAUUCUAUGUUUCACGACAACCAUCACGAAUUUUUCCAUGUUAACUUUGGCUUAAAUACAAAGUUAUUCGAUUACCUUCACGAUACGCUUCGCAAGGAAGACCGCAUCUACUCCGAAAGUAUUUUUUUUGGACAUGGAAAAGAAUGGGCAGCAGCUACCGAAGAAGAGAAACAAGAAUUCUUGCGCAAUCACCAAGACUGAGAGAAUCACACUCAAAAAACACUUGGCUAUUUAGUGACAUGCAUGGCGAGAUGUGUUAUGCAAGUUUUCUGGAUGGAAUGUGAAUACCCAGAGACGAAACGAGUCCAUCUCUACUAUAUCUUACUUUUGCUAAGGUUAUAUAUCACAACGGAAAAGAUGGAACAGAAAGAAAACAAAACAGAAACUUAACGGAAGGAAAUUACUUUAUGUAUUUGUUGUAAAUAUACGUACACAUAUACUGCAACCGAUUUUCAGACGAAAGUAUAUUUGGCCGAGAUUUCGAUCCGUAUCUCCGGUACCAUGUUAGUGUAAAUGUAAACUGGCUUACAUAUAAUGGAAUUUAAUAGCAUGUCGCCAGAUGUAUCUUCGCCCGAAAACCCUUCCUGGGUAUAAUAAUUUUGUGAAAAAAUAACUAAUUCUUUUAGUGUUUGUGUACUAAUGAAAAAUGUAAUUUGAUUGUGGGUACUUACAUAUUAUCGCAACCGCAUUGGAGCACUUUGGCGAAUUUUACGGAAGAAAAAGAACAGUUACUUCUAUUGUAAAAAGUUACAUAUUACACAUAUACAUAUUAUUCUAUACGUAUUCUACGUUUAAACUAUGUAUUUAUUUCAAAAGACAAUCAGUAAACCUAGUUACAAACGGGUUUCUUUGUUGUGGUGGAAAUUUCGUAACUAUCGCUUCGAGAAAGAAUUCGAAGCAUUGUUCCUUUAGGGAUUUUAGCAGUAAAAUAAUGUAUUCUUGCAAAAAUUUCAUUUCCCUUUCUUCUAUUUUAGGAAAAUUCUACAAAUACAUAUUUUAAAACCGAAUUUAAGACAAAAAAGUAAUCAUAAAUUUCGAUAAAAGCCGUUAGAACUUGAAAUACAAAAGAAAAAGAACUUACACGGAAAUGGCUAGGUUGGAAACUGAAUAUUUGUCAUGCGUAUGGUUGCCUAAAUAACUGUUAUGCGCUUGGUCUCCAGAGCUUGUGUAUUAUGAAGCUUUGGCGAUUUCUAUUAAGGUGGUUGCGAUAAUACGUAAAUACCUGUUUGACAUAAUUAAAUUGUUUUUAAAAAGUGUUUUAAGAUGUUAAAUAAAUAAGUUUUAUUUGUGUUUUAAUACAUUUUUUAUUCAUAUUCUUUUUAAGUGUGCAAAAAAUAUACACGCAUUUUGUAUCAAAUAAAAAAAAACUGUUUUUUAUUUAUAUUAAUAGUUAUCAGAGUUUCAAUAUGUACUACAUAAUAAACACUAUUUGAAAUAUAA